GGUAACUGUUAAACUAGCCUAUCUUAGAUGCUUUUGACUUCAGCAAAGUCGGUUGCCUAAAUUGGAGAGACGUUCUGGGCCUCUGGGAUGUGCAGUUGUCCUGUUGUUGCUCGGAUGCCGGAUGCAGUUCCCCGACUCAAGGAGUGGGUCGAGGGCAUUUUAUCAGAGAAGCCCUAUUGGCCUAUUCCGAGCUCGCGUGGCGCGAACUUUCAAAGGGCCGGUGGGAGGCCCGUUCUCAUGGCCUUGGGAAGGGUUUUGCAAUGAGGCCCCGUCCGGAGAUGAAGACGUCCUCCCCCAAUCACCUGCUCCGAAGCAGGCUAAAGAGAAGAAAAGAAAAGGGAUUCCGAGUUCCCCGAACUCGGAAAAGCAGAAACCGAGAUGGCAGAUUGGCAAUGCUGCAGUUGAUAGUUUGGCCCCUUUUAGCUCUGCCAGUUCCAGAAGAGGUUUUUGAUGCUGGAGCAAUUAAUUCAUUAUACAUAUAUCCACCCUUAGAUCUUAGCCCAUUGUACUUGCUUAAUCUUACUUUGUUAAGAAAAGAACUUUGACCUUAACUACCUCAAAAACUAACUCACGUGAUGAAAAUUGCUAAC